GACGUUUAGGAGCAACACUCGCAACACAUAGCAAUCACAAUGGCGGGCGCUAUGGAAAACGCACGUAAGGCGAUUAAAAACCUUUCGAUCGACGAUGAGGAUGAAUCAUUGUACGGUCAAAUUUACUCGGUCUCGGGUCCAGUCGUGAUUGCCGAAAACAUGAUUGGAUGUGCUAUGUACGAGUUGGUGAGAGUCGGCCAUGACAACUUGGUCGGUGAAGUCAUUAGAAUCGACCAGGACAAGGCGACGAUCCAAGUCUACGAAGAGACCGCCGGUGUCACCGUCGGUGACCCUGUUUUGAGAACAGGAAAGCCGCUUUCGGUUGAGUUGGGUCCUGGUUUGAUGGAAACCAUCUACGAUGGUAUCCAGAGACCGUUGAAGGCAAUCAAGGAGAUGUCGCAGUCCAUUUACAUUCCAAGAGGUGUCGACACCCCGGCCUUGUCCAGAACCGUCAAGUACGACUUCACCCCUGGCCAGUUCCAGGUUGGCGAUCACAUCACCGGUGGUGACAUUUUCGGUAUGGCCUUCGAGAACUCCUUGCUCUCGGACCACAAGAUCUUGCUUCCACCAAGAGCAAGAGGUACCGUUGUCUCCGUCGCAGAGGCUGGCUCCUACACCGUCGAUGAACCAUUACUGGAGGUCGAAUUUGACGGUGUCGUGUCCAAGUACUCCAUGAUGCACACGUGGCCUGUCAGAGUCCCAAGACCAGUCGCCUCCAAGUUAUCUGCAAACUACCCAUUGUUGACCGGUCAAAGAGUCUUGGACGCCUUGUUCCCUUGUGUCCAGGGUGGUACCACUUGUAUUCCAGGUGCUUUCGGUUGUGGUAAGACUGUCAUCUCUCAAUCCUUAUCCAAAUACUCAAAUUCGGACGUCAUUAUCUACGUCGGUUGUUUCACAAAGGGUACCCAGGUCAUGAUGGCUGACGGGCAAGAUAAAGUUGUUGAGGAUAUCAAAGUUGGUGAAACUGUUAUGGGCAAGGAUGGUAAGCCAAGAUCUGUCAUCGGCUUGCCAAGAGGUCACGAAACUAUGUAUAAGAUUCACCACAUUACUGGUCACAGACGUGAUGCAGAAGUUCAUGGGUUGAUGGAUUUCACUGUUUCUGCUGAUCAUAAGCUCGUUUUGAAAACUAGACAAAAUGCUCUCAUUACCACUCGCCGCUAUGGUGGUAAGGAAUAUGCCGCUGUUGUUUUCUUCUCUCUGGAAAAGAGCAAAUAUGACAUUGAAAUGGUUAGAACUAAGACCAAAGUUUUUGGUUAUCACGUUCAUGGCAGUAAAGCUCGUGCUGAAGAGAAAGCUGUUAAAUUUGCUGCAGAACUUAAUGCAUCUCCAUAUAUUGAUUGGGUCAUUGAAGCUAAGGACUACCAUCUUGUCAGCGACAACGUUAAGACCAAUACAACCCAAAUGAUUAAUCCAGUUUUGUACGAAUCUGGUAGUCUUGGCAAGACCUUGGAAUCCCGUGGGCAAGAAAAGUCCUCUGCGGCUUAUUUAGCUUAUAUGUUGGGUCUUUGGGUUGGUGACGGUCAUAUGGAUCGUGCUGCUUUCUCAUUUGAUCCUAGUGACACUGAAUUGUUUGCACGUGUUUCUGAAUAUUCUGAAAAGCUAGGUCUUUCUGCUUCUUCUCAUGAACACCUUCACCGUUACUUUGCUAACUCAAACGUUUCAAGGCCUAUUACCCCAAAAAUCGACAACAAUGAUUUCUUGGUUGACGAAGAUAUGGAUACUGACCUAACCGAUGUUACUUAUGAAUCCGAGAACAAUGAAUCUUCAUUUGGCUCCUAUGGCUCAAGAGGUGACAUGACCGUUACUAUUCACGACGCAGGUAAUGACAUUAGAAACAAGAGCAACGUCUCAAAUGUUUUCUGGGACAUGGUUGAGUCUUUUGGUGUCAGGUAUAACACCUCUUCAGGUUACGAAAAGGCUGUUCCUUCUCAUAUUGCUUGUGAUGACAUCAAAGUCAGAGAAAUGUUUUUAUCUGGUUUGAUUGAUUCUGAUGGUUGUGUUAAGCUAAAUUCUGAUGGUACCAAAAAUGCCACUAUCACGACCAUUCACAAGACUGUUAGUGAAGGUAUUGUUAAGAUAGCUCGUUCUUUAGGUAUCAAGGUUUCGGUUGGUACUGAAGAUGAAAAGAUUGAUUCUAAUGGUGUUAGACACCAAUUCAGUUACCGUGUUUUCUUGAAUGGUAAGGCACUCGCUGGUGUUCUUUCUAACUGUGCCCUUGCAAGAAAUUCAGCUGAUGCUGUUUCUUUCACUAGAGAACCAGUUUUGUUUCACUUCGACUUGAUUGAAUCCGAAAUGGAAGAUUAUUAUGGUAUCACUCUUGAUGAAUCCUCUGACCAUAUGUUUUUGCUUUCAAACAUGGCGUUGGUUCAUAACUGUGGUGAAAGAGGUAACGAGAUGGCCGAGGUCUUGAUGGAAUUCCCAGAAUUGUACACCGAAAUCAGUGGUACAAAGGAACCAAUCAUGAAGAGAACUACUUUGGUUGCAAAUACCUCCAACAUGCCUGUUGCAGCAAGAGAAGCAUCUAUCUAUACCGGUAUUACCUUGGCCGAGUACUUCAGAGAUCAAGGUAAGAACGUUUCCAUGAUUGCCGACUCAUCCUCAAGAUGGGCCGAAGCAUUGAGAGAAAUUUCCGGUAGAUUGGGUGAAAUGCCUGCCGAUCAAGGUUUCCCAGCAUACUUGGGUGCCAAGUUGGCUUCUUUCUACGAAAGAGCAGGUAAAUCCAUUGCCUUAGGUUCCCCUGACAGAACCGGUUCCGUUUCUAUUGUUGCUGCUGUCUCACCAGCCGGUGGUGAUUUCUCUGACCCUGUUACUACUGCCACCUUAGGUAUUACCCAAGUUUUCUGGGGUUUGGACAAAAAAUUGGCUCAAAGAAAGCAUUUCCCAUCCAUUAACACUGCUAUCUCCUAUUCCAAGUACACAAAUGUUUUAGGAAAAUUCUACGACUCCAACUAUCCAGACUUUGCCUCUCUUAGAGACAAAAUCAGAGAAAUUCUCUCUAACGCCGAAGAAUUAGAACAGGUUGUUCAAUUGGUCGGUAAGUCUGCCUUAUCUGACUCUGACAAGAUUGUUCUUGAUGUCGCUAACUUGAUUAAGGAAGAUUUCCUACAACAAAACGGUUACUCCACUUAUGAUGCAUUCUGUCCAAUUUGGAAAACAUACGAUAUGAUGCGUGCCUUCGUGUCGUACUACGAUGAAGCACAAAAGGCAGUUGCAAGUGGUGCCCAGUGGUCAAAACUUGCCGACGCUACCUCAGAUGUGAAACAUGCGGUUUCAUCAGCUAAGUUCUUUGAACCAAGUAGAGGUGAGCAAGAAGUGGGUACUGAAUUUGACAAACUUCUCUCCACUAUCACGGACCGUUUCCAGGAAGCUUCUGAGUAA